GCUUGGAUCGCCAUUGAUUUCACUGGUCGAGGAGGAGAAAUGGUGUGUAACGCUACAGGACACCCAAACCAGGGUCACCUUUGUUGUUUUUACCCUUUUGGACUCUUUCCAGCGAUAUAUGGUGCCAUUAUCACAUUGUAUUUGGUGUAAGUCGGAGGUCGGCAGCUUGUGUGACUGACACCUAGACCCUCUGCGACAGAUGACAGUGACAGCAGGGUGUUAGCUGCUCUCUGAUAACAGAUAAAGUGGGUGACGGCGGCUGUCAGGCGGAGAUAAAAGCUAAAAUAACGGUUUAAACUGGACGGUGGAGCGGCAUGAAGCGCUAUAGAAGCUCGGCUAUGGACACGGAGCGUUAAUCUCCCGCCUGGAGCCAAACAUGUUCCUCCGACUGGACUCAGCCAGCAGGAAACACCUCGACUCCAUCACCCACUGACCACCAGGAACACUCUUACAUUUAUUUACCUUUUUUAAGCUACUAUCAAUCAUUCAAUUCGGACGAUGCGGCUUUUAAUCCCCAUGUCAAGGUGCUCUCAUGGGGUGUCCAGUCUCAGGCUGACACAGACCAGGACCUUAUGGCUGGAGCCCCGUCUCUCCCUGUCAUACCUCCCCCGGAGGAAGAGGCCGGCUCCCGGGAUCAGGACUACCGCCUUCCCUGUCUCCUCACCCGGGCCUUUCAUAUCGCUCCUUCCCUGCUCUCCACUCCGAUCUCUCUCCACCCUCUGUCCACACACACCGACAGGCCGAGCCCGGACACUCACACACACACCUGUUGCCUUUGCCAGCUCCUCUACACCGACACCAGGCGGACCAGAGAAGACCCGGACGGACCCGGGCAGCGGGCAGACCCCGGCCACGGUGCCCCUGGACGAUGUUAAAAGGAUUCUGCAGCUUGCUCACCCUGAAAGAUGGAGAAUGGCAGCUGCUCUCGGCUUCCUUACUGUGUCCAGUGCAGUAACUAUGUCGGCUCCGUUCCUCCUGGGCAAAGUGAUCGACACCAUCUACGCCACAGGGACAGACACGGAGACGAUGACAGCCUCGCUGACGUCUUUAUGUGUCAUGCUGACGGGAGUGUUCCUGUGUGGUGGGGCAGCCAACGCUGCCAGGCUCUACAUCAUGCAGACCUCAGGCCAAAAGAUUGUUCGUAACCUCCGCACCUCCGUCUUCUCCUCCAUCCUCGGACAGGAAGUGGCAUUUUUUGACAGGAAUCGGACCGGCGAGCUUAUCAACCGCCUGUCUGCUGACACAACGGUGGUGGGCCGCUCCAUCACUGACAACCUGUCAGACGGGCUGAGAGCCGUGGCCCAGGCAGCCGCAGGCGUCAGCAUGAUGUUCUAUGUCUCCCCGAGCCUGGCCAGUUUUGUGUUGCUGAUUGUUCCUCCUAUGGCCGGUAUCGCCGUGUUCUACGGCAGAUGGUUUCGUUCAAUCUCCAAAAGCACACAGGACGCUCUGGCACAAGCCACACAGUUGGCAGAGGAGCGUAUCAGCAACAUGCGGACGGUCAGGGCUUUUGGUAAAGAGCAGUCGGAGCUCGACACGUACACACAGAAUGCAGACCGGGUCCUCAGCCUGGCUAGGAAGGAGGCUGUACUACGAGCUGGCUUCUUCGGAGUGACUGGUCUCAGUGGCAACCUGAUGGUCCUGUCAGUGCUGUAUAAAGGAGGCCUUCUGAUGGCCAGCCAGCACAUGACUGUGGGAGAGCUGUCAUCAUUCCUCUUGUACACCUUCUGGGUGGGCAUCAGUAUUUCAGGUCUGAGCACCUUCUACACUGAGCUGAUGAAAGGUUUUGGAGCCGGAGCCAGACUGUGGGAGCUGCUGGACAGGAAGCCUGAGUUUCCUCUUAAUGAAGGCCUGGUUCUUCCUCCAGACCAGCUGAAGGGUCGGCUGGAGUUCUCUGAUGUCUCUUUCUCCUACCCGACCCGUAGUGAUGCUCCUGUUUUCCAGAACCUCAGUCUGCUCGUCCCAGCUGGGACCAUCAUGGCUGUGGUGGGACCCAGCGGCUCUGGGAAAUCAACCCUGGUGUCACUGCUGCUCAGGCUGUACGACACAGAUGCUGGUACCAUCACUAUAGACGGCCAUGAUAUCAGAGAUCUCAAUCCAUCUUGGCUCAGGAGUCACAUUGGACUUGUCAGCCAGGAGCCUGUGCUGUUCUCUUGCUCUGUCAGAGAUAAUAUAGCAUACGGGGCACAGGAGCCACACGCUGUGACCACUGAGGACAUCUACAGGGCAGCCAGAGUGGCCAACGCCUUUAAUUUCAUCCAGGAUUUCCCUCAGGGCUUUGACACCAUAGUGGGGGAGAAAGGAGUGCUGCUGUCAGGUGGUCAGAAGCAGAGGAUAGCCAUAGCCAGAGCUCUGCUCAAGAAUCCUAAGAUCCUGCUGUUAGAUGAAGCUACCAGUGCACUGGAUGCUGAGAAUGAGUUCCUGGUGCAGGAGGCCUUGGAGCGCCUGAUGGAAGGGAGGACGGUGGUGAUCAUCGCUCACCGUCUCUCCACCAUCCAGAACGCGAGCGCCGUGGCUGUGCUGGACCAGCGGCGGAUAGCCGAGUGUGGCCAGCACACAGAGCUGCUAGGCAACAGGCAAGGAGUGUUCAGAAAACUGAUGGAGAAACAGGCCUUUCUACAAGACGAACAGAGACGUGCACUUCGCUGAGAGGACAGGGAGGAGUGGACGAGGACGAGGGAGACAGAAGGUGAGCUCAGGUCCUGCUCCAGGAGGGGCAGUAGGGAGGAGAAGUGCUUGGAAUAAUGUAGAUGGAUCUAAGCAGACCCAUCCACAGGACUGCAGAUGAACACUAUGCUGUGAGUGUCUUUUCUCUGCUGAAAUGACAUGAAGAGCCAGAACCAGACAGGGAGAUCCACAACGACAACCGAAGAACUGAAACAUGGACCAGAGAGCUCCUGGAAAUGCUUUAUUUUGAAAUUUCUACACUGAAAGAGGAGGUGAGAAGGAGUCACUGUCACAGGAAGCUCAUAGCCAUCAGGUCAUACUCACUAACAUGGUUUUGGGUAAAGAAAUAAUGAAAGCAUACCUGAGACAUGUAGAAUGUAAAUGUGACUGUAUGAAUCUGGUGCAAAUGACUUUCAUUCUCUGUAGUCUGUGAUCACUUCAUGAUUUUCAUAACCAAACCAAAAACACUCUCAUAUUUGUGUCUGCGUAUAGUUGAUUUUUAAAACUUGAAAUUCUUGAAAGUCUUUUACAUUUAUUUUUGACUCAAACAAGCCAAAUGAAGCAGCUAUUUGUGUUGCUGUAAAAAGAGAACUUUACACUAUAAAGACAUAAUUAAUGUAUGAACAUUAGCCACGAAGAGUAUGUGACUGUUCUGUUAGAGUAUCUUCCUCUCCACAACACACAGAUAUAGUAUAGUAACAAGUGAAUAUAGUAAAGCAGUUUGACAUGAAAACUCUCUGUCGCUAACGUUUUCUCAGCUUGUUUUGCUGUUAAAUUAAGAUCCAGACAUUCAGUGACUAACAUCCUUGUAGAACCUGAUAAUGUAAUAAAUUCCCGAUAAUGUAAUAACCCCGAUAAUGUAAUAAAAAAUCUGCACUUGAGUCCACUGAAAAUGUAAUAAAACCUGAUAAUGUAAUAACUUCCUGAUAAUGUAAUAAAGUGCAUUUCCCA